GAGAACGAAGGCUGUGUCGUCCGAAGUCUCUGGAUCUUUAAAGUGAAAUAUAACAAACUCAACAUGACACACUCAACGGAAACGUCGCGGUAAAGCAUUGUUAUGAGACCGAUCAUGAGAUGGUGUUAUAAUCCAGCGCGUGUGGAAUAUGACACAUGGGAAAACAGCAACGGAGUCAAAGUUCGGACAGGAGUCAAAACGAUUGGACUGUAAAGACUAGCUCAAACCAGCACAGCUAAGCUGUUCCCCCGUUCGCAUCUCUACAGGGCUCCCGUUGACUGGAUCUAAUUCUGCUUGUCUCAGAAGAGCUCCUGAAUCUCUAGAAGACGCUGAUGUUCUCUUGCUCACAAAACACUGUGGUCCCAGCAGCAGCUUUCAGACCCGGUCUGUAUGAGGUCUUCAUUGUCUAAUGGUGUCGUGCAGUUAUCCACAUUUGGCAGAAUUUGGAAUCAGCUCCCCUACUUAACAUGGUUUAGUCCUGCUGAGAGGGCACAACAAUGGCAUUUAUGGUUGCAAAUGGGAAUCAAGGUGGCCAGACCUUGGUUCUGAAGGAUGUGGACCCUGAAACAUGCAUGAUCGUCUUCAGAAAUCACUGGGCACAGGUGGUGAAAAUUCUAGAGAAGCACGACCCUGUACGCAGUAAUGUUGGCAUCCUGGGUGUAGGUCAUGGUCUCGGUGGGGGCGGAGGACUGGGUGGUCUCCGUUUCGGCCAGAUCCCUGGCGAUGAGGCCAGCGCCGUGCAGAACUACGUAGAGCACAUGCUGAUUCUCCUCAUGGAAGAGGAGUGUGGUCAGAGUGGAGCCAUGGGUCCCAUCCUGGAGUUUGUCGUGAUGGAGAACGUGUUGGAGAGGCUUUUUAUCUGGAGCUUGAGGAGAGAAUUCACAGACGAAAUGAAAUUAGAACAGUUGAAGAUGUACGAGAUGCUGAUCGGACAAGCCAGGCAGCCGUUACUUCAUCAUAAACCCAUUCUUAAGCCCUUGAUGAUGCUUCUGUCGUCCUGCUCUGGUUCUCCGUCACGUCCGAGCUCUGCUGUCGUGGAAGCAGAAUUGGUGUUGCUCCUGAACCAGCUGUGCUCUGUCCUCACUAAAGACCCGUCUGUCUUGGAGCUGUUUUUCCAUACAAGCGAGGACCAGGGAGCUGCGAAUUUCCUCAUCUUCUCCCUGCUCAUCCCAUUCAUACACAGGGAAGGGUCGGUUGGACAGCAGGCCAGAGAUGCUCUUCUGCUUAUCAUGGCACUGUCUGCUGAGAACCACGUUGUGGCGAAACAUAUUGCAGAAAACACCUAUUUCUGUCCGGUUUUGGCCACAGGUUUAAGUGGGCUCUACUCCUCUUUGCCUACUAAGUUGGAUGUGCCCAAUGAAGACUGGCAUUGUCUCAGUGGUGAAGACUGGCAGCAGCUGCCAUCUCUUGUGCAGUUUCUUAACUCCCUCGAGUUCUGUAAUGCUGUCAUACAGGUGGCUCAUCUGUCUAUCAGAGACCAGCUGGUGGAAUACAUUCAUAAUGGGUUCCUGGUACCUGUUUUAGCACCAGCAUUACACAAGUUAACACUUGAAGAGGUAAUGACCACCACAGCAUACCUGGACCUGUUCAUACGAAUUGUGUCGGAACCCGCCCUGCUACGCACCUUCCUCAGUUUCAUCUUCCUCCAUCGCCAUGACAACGUUCACAUUUUGGACACGUUAGUUAGCCGCAUCAAUACUCCCUUUCAGCUUGGCACCGUGUCGCUGGCUCUGUUCCGCACUCUCAUUGGGCUGUAUUGUGAGGAUGUCAUGCUUCAGUUGAUUUUCAAGUACUUGAUCUCCUGCAAUCAUAUGAUGUUAAGUCAGCGGAGAGUCCUGAGGGAAAGAGACUGUUACUCUGUUUCAGCCGCAAAGUUCCUCUCCCUAACACCUUCCUGCUGUUCUCCUGAGAUCGUCCCUCCUCCACUCAGGCAUCUGGACUCCAUUCUAUGGUCAAAAGGCACUGAUGGCUCCCAAAAAGGGACUGAGGAAUCAGAGGAGGUCCUCCCAGAGGAAGAUGAUUGUGUAAUUGGCUCUGAGAUCCACCUGGAUGUCAGUUACGUGCAAUACUUAAGUGAUGCUGAAAACAACAUAGCUAACUGCAUGCGAGCGUGUCGCGUGUGGUCUGCACCUUACGACGGCGAGAACCCCCCUCCAGAAGAAUAUCAGUCCAGUACCCUGGAAGAGUCCGGUAGGACUCGUCCGCAGAUAACCAGCAAGACAACACAGCCCCAAAAUCAGGUUCAACAGUCCAGUCAACCUGUCAGGGAUCAUAAUGCUGCUCCUGGAUUAUUGGAACUGGAGUGGGAUGAUAGUUAUGAUGCUUGUCCAACACAACCACAUCCAGAAGAAGGGCAGGACGCUGGGCCUAUCCAGGACGAACCCCCACAACACAUCCAGGAAAUGCGGAGAACCGCUAUUAUGCUUGUGAAGGGAUCUUACAUGGAAGAGGCUGAGUUUCAAAAUGAUGUUAUGGUCUAUGACCUGGUUGCUCAAAAGGAUGUCCAAGACUCUAGUAACAGUUGUCAUGCCUCAUCCAAACCUGCAGAGUCAGAACAGUUGGAGUCAGGAGAACCAACAUCUAAUCAAAAUCCAACAGAGUCCUCAAUCCGCAAUGGUCCGUCAAUGGAGGACUGUAAAAAGAAAGAGGGGGAACCUGCACAAUCAGACAGGUCAGCGAUUCCAGAAGGGGAGGACCUCAUGGCCCAGUAUGAGGACCUAAUAAGAUCUCUGGCUGCACAGUCAAGUAGUCAAACAAACAGUGAACUCAAGAGUCCUACAGAACUCAUGGAAGAUGAGGUAGAGUUUAACAGCUUCUUACCAGAAACACCAGAGCUAGAAAGGAUGCCAUCGUCUCCUUUUGGCACCAAACCCUGCAGUGCGAGCAGGGGUAAUGCUGUUCCCUUUACAGGGCCGUUCGUGAGUGUGCUGCUGUCUCGUCUAGAAAACAUGCUGAACAACACUCUCCAAGUGAAUCUGCUUCUGACUGGCAUCCUGGCCCAGUUAGCCGCUUACCCUCAGCCCCUGCUGCGCUCCUUCCUUCUCAACACUAACAUGGUGUUCCAGCCCAGCGUCCGAUCACUCUACCAGGUACUGGCCUCUCUAAAGAACCAGAUAGAGCAGUUGUCUGCAACCCGUAAAGACUUCCCAGAGCUCCUGACUGCUGCUCAGCAAUGCCUGUUGGCCAGAGAGAGUUCACUGAGAGACUCUCAAAGUCCAAAGAUGGGAGAUCGGAUUCAUGGUCCUGAAGCGGACAAAACCAAGAAGUAUCCGGCUAUCCAACCCAAAGUUAUAGUUCCCUCAAACAGAACGGAGGUAUACGCCACAGUUCUUUUCACAGAGUUCCUCAAGGAACUGGCAGCCAUUGCACAAGAACAUUCCAUCCUGUCUCAACUUCCCAUGGAGGAAUAGCCUUUCCACUUUGCCUUUUUUCAUGUUGAUUAUUAUUUCCGAAUAACGUUUGAAACAAUUCCGGUCAAUAAAUUGCCGCUAAAUAAGUGUGAACAACUUUUUUACUGAUUUUAAAAACGCUUUUGCAAGUCGAUUCUUGUUUGCCAUCACAUCACUGUUUCAGGACUUUUCAAUGCAUCAUCAAACUGUUCCCUGCAAUAACACGUGUAACAGCAAUAAUCUCUUACCCUAUCAGCGUCCCCUGUCAGAAAGGAAUCACUGGAUUUGCCUUAAUUUCAUUUUAUGGCAAAAUGCUGGUCAACACUGACUGAGACCAAAGAAUGAUGGCUGUUAAGAGAUAAAGACAUCAGCACAUAUCAUCUGAUAUCUUAGGACUGUUAUGGAAGGAUGACUCUGUGACUGUUUAGUACUGUUGAUACCUUUUAGAGGAUUUUUUUCCAAAAAUGGCCUUAUACUAACUGUGCCUAUUUCUGUGCCUACUCGUUGUUCUUUGUAUGAUUUUUAAUACGUGCUUUGUAAAUCAUGUUCAUUUUGCAAAGGUGACCAAAUGGCUUGCUGUGUGUUGGGUUUGAUCUAAAUUCUUGCACAGUUGUUUUGGUUUCUUGUAGAGCAUCAUUGAUAUUAGGUUUUACUGAUACUGACUACCUUUAAGGUAUUCAUAUUGUCUAUGCAGCACGUUAGCGUGUUUGAUAAUAGCAACACCUGUUUGUCAGGAUAAAGGGGUUUUAUUUAUUGGGUUAGUACUAAAUAAUUAUUUUUUCACAGAAAAACAUUUCCUCUUUAUUUUCUUCUGUUGUGUUUUAGUUUGUUUGAUAGCAUGGUAUUAAAAACAGGAAAGAGUAAAUUUGUGUUUUUACAGAAGCAGGUAUGAAAGCAAUUGCUAUGCAGUUUUUUAUUUUCUUUUUAUUUUCAGAAGUUAAAACAUUGUUAUAUUUCUAAUGUUUAUGAUGCACAAUUGUCAACAGUGAAUUUGAAAUGUGGGUUGGUAUAUAAAAAGUUGUGUAUAUUUUUUA